AUGUCGGAGAUUCACGUCGACAAGACGGAACCGUGGUACAUACAUGUCGAGUUGGAUACGUGUCCAUCGGACAAAGCGUAUUUGCUAUACGUGUUGACCCACGAAAUCGGUCAUGCGCUAGGAUUAGAUCAUAGUACCAACAAUGCGUCGAUAAUGUAUGCGUUCGCACCAGUAGACCCCCGUCCCGUUGCGCUCAGCAACGAAGACAUUUUAAACAUACAGAAUGUGUACGGCGCUACGGAUACCGACGUGUUACCGAAAAGGAAUCCCAUGCCGCCACUACCACCACCACCGUCGCCGCAUCCAACACCAAACGCUCCACCGGAUCUAUGCGCCUUGAAACGCGUCGACGCGAUACUGCUGUUGGAAAGACGAAUGUACGUAGCAUACGGAAAACAUAUAUGGGCGAUCGACAUAGAUGGAAAGACCUACAACGAACCUAUGCUGCUGUCCAACUACAUGCCAUUCAUUCAUUCGAACUUCACGCGCAUCUCUGCCGCGUAUCAAACGCCAUCGGAUCAUCUGAUUCUAUUCGUCGACGAUAGAAUUUACAAAGUCAACUAUCCCGACUUCACGCUAGUGCCAACGUGGCCGAGAACGUUUCGAGAAUUUGGAAUUCCUAUGAAUGCGAAAAUAAACGCUGCCGUAAAUACGAACAAAGGAAAAUCGUAUGUGGUGUACGACGGAUAUCUCGUCGGUGAGAUAGACGACUGCUCCGACAGCAUUAGCAAAUUUUACACCAUCGAGUCCAUCUUUCCAGGCAUACCGAAUGGAGUGACGUCAAUCUUCAGAUACAUCGACGGCAAUCUGUAUUUCACGACCCGACGACAAUUUUACAAAUUCAACGAGUUUACGAAAACUGUACUAACGGCGGGUACGUUCGAUCUGCGAAUCGUCAACAUUAUUUGCCCGCGAUACGACCUGUUGAAACAAUUGCGCGAUCUCCUCUAUCGAAUAGCGCGACUGAGCAAUAUAUG